AUGAAAAAAAUAAUCAUAGCCAGAAAAAUGAAUAAACAAACAGAUAAUACUGCAGAUCAGAUGUUCUGCGUCCAAGAAAAAGAAAGAGCAUCAUUCUCAUCAGACAAAGACCCGUUAAGUAUAACUCAAACAGACUCCGAAGAGGAUGAACCGGAAGCAAAAAGAAUAAAAUACUCCCCGUUGAACCUGCAGGUCUACCAAAUACCAACAUUCAACACACCGAAGUCACUAUCCAUAUACCCAACGAAUACACUACCAAAUUUUGUGAACAAUCCAUUAAACCUAGCCAAUCCGUUGUCCUUUGCAACGACAAGACCACAGAAUGGGGAGGCUUUAGUAAAAAAUUUACAUAAUAGAUACUCCUUGCCUGCCAAGUUGACUAUAACUCCAGUUGUCAAUGGUGAAGUUGUUCGGUAUAAGAAAAAUGGGGAGAUUGCCAAAAAACGUGGGCCUCCGAAGGGGUACAAGAGAAAACCUAAGGCGGAGAAGCUGGAGCUGUCGCAGAGUUUCAAUGGAAAUUUGCAGUCAACAGCACUCCAGACUCAGAAUACCAUACUAUCAAGCCUCCUAGCCGCGAACAACACAACUAUAACGGGCGUCGCAGUGCCAACACCCAUACUGCCUGCCCCGGAACCUGUACAGGAGAUCAAGGUGCCUGAAGGUACAGAGCUGGUGGAACUGCUGCUAGACCCUGAGGACUGGUUUCCGACGGAGCCCUAUAAGAUGGUGUUCAGUCGCAAGAAGAACCCCAAAUGGAAAAACUUCCCUUACCAGUGUGAACACUGUUUUAAAGGUUAUCGCGUAGCCUCAACACUAAUAACGCAUGCGGCGGAGCGCCACGGUUGCGUGCCGAAGGACUUCGCGAUCCCUUGCCCAUGCUGCCCACACGUGUCCACGCGAAGGAAACAUCACAAGAAACAUCUGGAAACCCAUGAGAGUCGGAGACAUAGGAUAUUUUGUCUAUACUGUCUACCACCACACGAUCCAUCAGAACCAUUCGUAAAAGAACCGCAGAAAUACCCUUUCGACAAGUAUCCUCAAUUCUGGUAUGCGUCCGAAGAGUCUCUCCGGCUCCAUAAGAAAAGGAAGCACCCUUAUUCCGGCAUGUUUAACGUAAGCUGGUUUGGCACGUGGCGAGACGCAGUCCCUAACAGCUAA